UGUAUUUGGAGAAAACAAAUAGACAUGUUAGAGAAAGAUCUCUACAAGGCAGAGUAUGGUGUAAACAUUAGUGGUUUAAUGGUCACUAUUGCAUAUGAAGUAUGAGGAUUAGCAUUCCAUUGCUGUCAUUUCAUUUGAAUAUGGUUACAAUUAUCUACGUUCUCAAUAUGCCUAUGAUGUAGCACCGGACUGGCUGUUAAUUAGUGUAUAGAGUAUGUUGAAUGAAAUUUUAUGUAUGCUCAGGUUUGGAAAUUCUUCCAUUUCUGCAGGUCGAGUACUGGUCUGUUUCUAUGCUGCCGUAUGAGAGAUAUAUUAGGUUCAAUGAGUUGUAAAUGAUUCUGCUACACAAUGAGAGAUAUAAUUGUUUUGAAUAACAUGUUUGAGAUAGGAGAUGUUGAAGAUUCUGUCACUGUGAAGAGGUGUACUUCACUUUAGAAUCGGGCGUUGCUUGCUGCAACAAUGAAUAUGACUAGGAAGAAACUGGGAAUGAUUUCGAUGGGGAGUCGGAUAGUGGGAUUCAUGAGGAAUAAUCAAUCAUACCAUUUCAUCUCUCCCUCCAUUAUCGUCCGAUUGAAAACAACCUCAUCUCACUACGUGUCUUCCAGAGCUAGAGACCCCACUUUCGAGAAAUUCAUGGACAACUACAAGAACUUCCUCAAAGUUAUCUCCAUCCAAGACCUCAUCCUUGCUAACCCUCAAAACCCCGUUGUUUCUCUUGAAUUCCUCUCCAAGCUCGCCCAGAAGCUCCACCUCAACCGCGGCUCCACCUCCUUCCUCCGCAAAUACCCUCACAUUUUCCGCAUCUUCUACGACCCAACCAAGUCCCAACCCUUGUGCGCAUUAACUAAUGAUGCUCUUCGCAUUUCUCACCAAGAAUCCGACGCCAUUGCCGCCUCGCUCCCCCUCGUCGUUGAUCGCCUUCUCCGCCUUCUCUCCAUGUCCACCUCCAAAACGGUGCCGCUUCGAGCCAUUUUCAAGGUCUGGAGGGAGCUUGGGUUGCCUGACGACUUCGAGGACUCGGUACUAUCCCAAAACCCUCAUUUGUUCAAGCUUUUAGAUGGGUCUGAACCCGGUACUCAUACUCUAAGCAUGGUUGAUAAUAUUAGGAAUAAAACUAGUUCUUUUACUUCGGCUGUGGAUAACUGGAGAGUUGAGGAGUGUUGUAAAGAGAAUUGUGGUGUUGAGAGGACUGCGAUUCAGUUCAGUUUUAAGCACGGAUACCCUCCUGGGAUGAGGUUGUCUAAGAAUUUUAAGGCUAAGGUUAACUUGUGGCAGAGUUUGCCAUAUGUAGGGCCAUACGAGAAAAUGCUUCCAGGGGCAAUGAGAUCAAAGUCAAAGGCUACUGCGAUGGCUUUGGAGAAAAGGGCAGUUGCUAUAGCUCAUGAAUUUUUGAGUUUGACUGUUGAGAAGAUGGUGGAAGUGGAGAAGAUAAGUCAUUUCAGGAAAUGGUUUGGAAUUGAUCUGAAUAUAAGGGAUUUGUUCUUGGACCACCCUGGGAUUUUCUAUUUGUCAACCAAGGGGAAGAGACACACUGUUUUUCUGAGAGAGGCUUAUGAUAGGGGAUGUUUGGUUCACCCCAAUCCAGUUUAUGAUGCUAGGAGAAAGCUUCUUGAUCUUGUUCUUUUGGGUCGCCGGGGUUUAGUUCUUGAGGAAUCCAAUUUGAGGGAUGUAAAGGAGACUCAGCUUCCGGGUGAAAGCAGGGACACAAACUGAUUGACUUGUGGACUUUUAGCCGUCGUAGUGGCUGCAAAUGGUUUUUUGCCUCUUCAAAAUCCUAGAAUCACAAUUUCUCUGCUCAACCAGGGUUGUAUUCGCCCUGAGUGGAAAGUUAUUUCCAUUUUAUGAGGAAUGUUAUUCUCUACUUUGUGAGGAUAGAGCAAAUGGCGGCAAAUUGAUUUAAGCUGAUCACAUUGAGCAAUCCCAUUAAAGAUUCUGUAUGUUCACUUGUGUGGACUUUGCUGUGAGGACCCGGAAUACAGAAUUUUUAAUUUUUGCGGUAGCAGUAGAGUCUGUGGCCAGGAGCUUUCUUGUUUUAGCUGAUCGGUGUGACUGAUGGUGGUUUUGGCAUCAUGAAUUCAUCUCAGGGUUGAUUGUGGAUCAUGUUUUUUGCAUUGUGUAAGCUGUCUGCAACCAUCUAUAUUUAUGAUCUCCGAAAUUGUAUGCCAUAGUUGAAUUUCGAAAGCUCAUGUUCUUUGUCUUUUCUUAGAUAGUUGAGAAAUUUAUAAGUGUAAUUUUGUGGAUAUUUCAAUUUUUCACAACCCUUCAGCUCUGCAAGUACAUAUGCUUCAUUGAAUCUUUUGCAAUGCAACAUUGAGCAGCUGCAUUAAUAGCAGGUUUGAUCAGUCUUGAUUUUAUAUAAGAUAUGUAUGUGUUUCAAGAAUUCAUUUCAAUCAAAACAUUCACUUUGAAUAAU